CGCACAAAGAAGAGGAGGAACAUGAAGGCCACUUUCUUUGUCAGCUGUGCAGCACUGUUCACUCUCAUCCCCUCAGGGGUCGCCUUGCGGUGUUACACGUGCCUGUUCCCCACCAUUUCUCCACUGGACUGCUUGAAGUUUCCUACACCAUGUGGCCCUUCCCAGCAAUGUCUCACUUCAGUGGCGAGAGGACACAGAGGUGCUCUUGAGCUAGUGAUCCAAGAGAAGAGUUGUGGGGAUCCUUCAAUGUGCUGGGCCCAUGGCACCCGCUCCAUGCUAGGGGCCAAUUUCACCUACUCCACUUCUUGCUGUUCAACUGAUCUAUGCAACAGAGGUGCUGGGGGGCUUGGCACUUCCAGAGGGCUGCUGACAGUCUCCAUUCUGUCAGUUGUCAUGGUCUAUCUCUGCUGAGGCAGCCGCCUUAACUGAGAACAUGAGGUGGCUCAAGCUCUACUCUGUCUGCACAUGGUUGUUUCCUCCAAGCUCCCCAUUAGACCCCUAACCUGCACAUUUGGAGAUCUCAUUUUCAUUAUGUCAUUUCCCCUUCCUUGUAUUCUUCCUUACUUUACAUCUCCAAAUGCUGCUGUGGAGAAAAUAAAUUUUAAUAAAUCUA